AUGGCGAAGGAGGCAGAGGAGGGGGAAGUGAAGGAGACCCCAGGAAGAGUAAUUGCCUCAAAAGUGGUGGACAUUGCCUCAGAGGGCAUGGAAGUCGUUCCAAUAGUGGCGGCGAUCGCCGCGGGGGUCGCGAGGGUCGCCCUUAAAGUGCAAGUAGAAGGUGGGGCGACUGGCCCUGAGCCAAGGAGAGGAGAACAGCCCCAGGGGGGUCCUACACCCCAAGGAGGGGGAGUCAGUCUGACUACUGCGAUUUGCCAUGCUCGUGCGGUGGCUAGGCAGUUGGAGGGAGAAAAAGGCCCAGCCAGGGCAGGGGCGGACCGCCUUGUGGGGAUUGUAACCACCUUAGCAGGGACUCUGCUGAGGAAGGCUGGGGCUGUAAAGCUCAAGGCAGAUGAGUCCAAGGCUCAACUUGCAAGGUUGAAGAAAGAGAGCGCAAACUGGGAGAGUGCCCACGUUGAGCUGCAAACGGCCAAGGUGGAGCUGGAGAACACAUGCCGCCAGCGUGCUAAGGCAGUGAAGGAGAAGGAGAGCCUUCGGAAGGAGUUGGAAGUAGAGAGAGCCAAGGCGCUUGCUGAAAAGGAGAGCCUUCAGAAGGAGUUGGAGGCAGAGAAAGCCAAGGCAACUACUGAAAAUGAGAGCCUUCAGAAGGAGUUAGAGGCAGAGAAAGCCAAGGCAACUGCUGAAAGGGCAACCCUGGAUAAGGAGUUGGCGGAGGAGAGGGCUAAGGCAGCCUCUGAAAGGGCAGCUUACCCCGAUCUUUAUGUGGCAGCAGUGGACCAGUUCAAGGGGUCUGCUGAAUUUCAGAUAGCAGUGGAUGCCGCGGUCGCCAGUAGCUUGGCGAGGGAGGAGUCUGGGGGGCGGGUCUGUCGAGGACGACUGCUGGAGGAAGGACUGAGACAGAAGUGA